CACGUGACAGAGGGAAUGCCUCGGAAGCUUCUGUUUCCGCAUUGUGGAAAGAACGCGCAACGGGAUAGGCGCCCGCUGUUGGCCAAUUAAAAUCUCCGGGUGGCUGAGAGGUUGCUGCAAGCGAAAACGAAGUCCUCCGCUGCGGGUUAGGCGGGUUCAUGGCGAGGGUGAGAUCCGUGACUUUCACGACGGGAGAAAAAGGCAGGACGGGGCCUAAAUCUCCUUCCUCUGCUCGUGCCUGGUGGUAGCAGUUAGAUUGAAGGAGAGCGGGAGGGCUCCUCUGCGAAUUUAGAGAGGUCUGAAUAAGCAGCAAAGGGCAGGCAUUUAAGGAUAAGACAGGGCAGGACAGACCUUACCUUGGAGGUCUUCUAGUCCAACCCCCUGCUCAGGCAGGAAACCCUAUACCAUUUCAGACAAGUGGGUGUCUAAUCUCUUCUUAAAAACUUCCAUUAUUGGAGCGUUCACAACUUCUGGAGAGAUGAAGAGAAAUAGGUGGCAAGAUAGAAGAAACCAUGAACAGCAUAAUCAUAGACGAAUACGUAAUACCCAGCCUUAUAUGGUAUUCCACCAUCAGCAUUCUACUGAAAGGCCUGAACAAAGAGAAUUGCAAAGUUUGCAGAACUCAGGUAGAAGCCAAACUGAAUCACCUUCUGCAUCUUCCCAUUCACGCCAAAGUUCUUCAGUUCCAGAAUUACCAGGAUUUUAUUAUGAUCCUGAAAAGAAUCGCUAUUUUCGUUUACUUCCUGGGCAUAACAACUGUAAUCCUCUCACCAAGGAGGGUAUUCAUCAGAAAGAGAUGGAAAGGCAAAGGUUAAAACUUUUAAAAGAGGAUGAGAAAAUGGUAAAGAAAACACCUAGAUCUGGGCUGAACUCUUCAAUUAUCUUACGCAAGAAACAAUUAGGUUUCUAUAGUUCUAUCACUUAUUGCAGGCUAAUUCAUGAAUUAAAGGUGAAUUGCAUGCAGAGAAGAAAAUUAGAAAUUGAGAACCUAAAUUCUUCAGUUUCUGGAAGCAACAAUUUUAAACUAAUUGUGGCAGACACUGCCUCUGAGAGAAUAAUCACUGUGAGUGAGGCAGAACGAGGAGGAUGUAAAUAUGGAAUUGUCGACCUCAGUGGUUUGGGAAAGAAUUCUCUUACCGUAGAGAUGUGUGAUAACCCAUGUUUCACAAAUCGGAAGGUGAAUUCUGUGUGCUGGGCCUCUUUGAGUCAUCUGGAUUCUCAUGUUUUGUUGUGCCUCAUGGGUGUUGCAGAAAACUUAGGGUGUGCUAGCCUGCUCCCAGCUUCGUUCUUCAAUACCUCUAACAUAGGAGAUCAGUGUGGAAUAUCAUGGAGGUUCAACAUCUCCACAGCCUGGUCUUGUGCCUGGUGUCAUAACCCUCAGGCGAAUAACUGCUUUAGCACAGGUUUAAGUCGACGAAUCGUUGUUACUAAUGCAGUGACUGGUCAUCAUCAAACAUUUAAUACCAACAGUGAUGUUCUAGCACAGCAAUUUGCCACCCAGUCUCCAGUUUUAUAUAAUGGUUGUCGUUCAGGAGAGAUUUUCAGUAUUGAUGUCCGUCAAUCCAACCAUAAAGGGCAAAAAUGGAAAGCUGGGCAAUUCUUGCAUGAUUCAGCAAUCACAUCUCUUAAUCUCCUGAAAAGUGAGCAGUAUCUCCUGGCUGCAGAUAUGUUAGGCCAGAUAAAGCUCUGGGACCUGAGACAACUAAAAUGUGUAAAAGAAUAUAGCGGUCAUAAAAAUGAGCAUACUAUUCUUCCUUUGCACAUCAAUGAGGAGGAAGGGCUUCUUUCAGCAGUGGGUCAAGACUGUUAUACGCGAAUUUGGAGUCUCCAGGAUGCUCAUUUGCUACGAACUAUUCCAUCUCCAUCUCCAUCCUCCAGAGAUUCUAUUCCAAAUGUGGUGUUCUCGUCACAGCAUGGAGGUGUCCGAGGUGUUCCUGGCUUGCUUAUGGCAGUCAAACAAGAUCUCUACUAUUUCUCCUAUAAGACAGAUGAUCCAUAUUGCCUGGAUAUUAAAAACAUGGACUGUUCUACCUUGCGUAGUGACUGAAAAUAAGAAUGAUGGGUCUAGUUGUGCUGUAGUUCCCAUAGUUAACAUUCGGGAUUUUUACAAUUAUCAAUAUUUUUCAGUUAAAAUAAAACAGUUUAUAGAUAGUGUG